AUGUACCAGCAUUUCCUUUUCCUUUUCUUCCUCUCCUUCCAUCCCCAUAAAUGCCAAGAUCAAAUCCUGGGUGAAGAUCCAUAUGAAAUGCCCAAAGACUACCAGCAGGUCUACAGAGGGACAAAAAAUGAUGUCAAAGAGAUCCCAAAGAUUGCAAAGCCCUUUGUUUCUGAAAUGAUCUUUGUGCAAACCAGCAUCACUGCUAUAAGGAAAGGUGCCUUCAGGUACAUGCCCAACCUGAUCAAGAUUUUGUUUAUUGGCAACAAGAUCAAGACAGUUGAACCUGGAGCCUUUGAUAAUCUGGACAAGCUGAGGGACUUGGAUAUCUCUGGUGCCUCAUUAGAAGAACUAUCUGUGGGCACUUUCCAAAACCUCCCAAGCUUACAGAGGCUGGAGCUGAGAGACAGCCAACUCAGAUACAUCCCCAAAGGCCUCUUUGAUGGGCUGAAAAAUUUGGGAGAGCUCUCCCUGCACAUCAAUGCAAUCCCUUCUCUUCCAGAAGGCAUUUUUGAUUUUCUCAUCAAUUUAACCUUUUUGGACCUGUCUAGAAACAGGAUCACAACUCUUCCUGUGAAUGCUUUUAGCAAACUUACCCGGCUGCAGGUCCUCCGGCUGUAUGAGAAUGAGUUGCAAGACCUCCCAGAGGGACUGUUGGACAGCCAGAUGGAGCUGCUGGAGCUCAGCCUCCAGAGCAACAGGCUCAGGGCGCUGCCACCCAUGUUCCUGAGAAGCCUGCCUCACCUGGAGAAACUCCUCUUGGACAACAAUCUCAUCAGGGUUCUCCCACCUCAGGGCUUUUUUGGUUUAAACAAAUUGAAGCUGCUGACUCUGGGUUCAAACCAUAUCAUGGAGCUCCCCUGCUGCCUUUUUGACACCAUGCCACACUUACGGGAGCUGGACCUGGGCAGGAACAGUUUGGCCACACUUCCAGAUGGCAUCUUUGUCAACCUCACAUCCCUUGGAAAACUCAUCUUGUCCCACAACCAGCUGUUAGCCCUGCCAAGAGGAGCCUUCACUGGGCUCAGCAAGCUUCUGGACCUCCAGCUGGACACAAAUCAGCUCUCUGCUCUGGAUGAAGAGGUCUUUGCUUCUCUCCCAAAUCUGAAAACCCUCAACCUUCGAAAGAACCAGCUGGAGAGUGUUCCCCGAGGGCUCCUGGACCCCCUGAAGAAGCUCAGCUCAGUGUAUCUGAGUGGUAACCCAUGGAGAUGUGAUUGCAACCUCUGCUCCCUGCACAGCUGGAUCCUGAGUAACAGUGAGAAGAUCAAAUUGGCCACCCAAGUCUCAUGCAAGAGCCCACCCCAUCUGGCAGGGCAAGCAGUUACAUUGCUGAGGGAUGACCACUUAAUUUGCCCAGCUACUCUGCCUCUUUCAGCUUCUUUUAUCCCAUCUCUGCCAUUUAACUUCACAUCAUCACAAAGGAUGUCAACUUUGCCAUCACUUGGAGGCUCGUCCACAGCAAUGCCAACCUUGCUGUCAUUGGCAGCCUUUCCCAUCAGGACAUCGACAACUGUUCUGUCACCUGUGGUCACCUCUGCUAUGUUGCCAGCUGUCCCAACGGAGGGCACCUUCAGCACUCCAUUGCCAACCGUGCCAUCUAAGGCCUUUGUCACCCCCCCACCAUCAGCUGUGCUUCAGAAGGCCUUAAGCAACAGCCCAUCAACAACCAAUGUGCCCAAGUCCUUCAUCACCACACCAUCAACAACCAUGAUACCAAAGGCCUCCAUUACCACCCCAUUACCAACUGCACUGCCAGAGACCUUCAUCAACACCCCACCAACAACUGUGCUGCCAACAGCCUCCAUUGCCACACCAUCAUCAUCAACCGUGACGCUCAGGGCUUUCAUCACCAGCCCAUCACCAGCUGUGCCAACUUCAGCCAUCGUAAGCCUACAGUCUCCUGGGGCCACCCACCCAGAACCUGUGCCAUCCACUCUAGCUUCUGCCACCACGCAGGUGCCAACAAGCCCGCUGGCAGCCACCACCAGACAUGUGCUUCCUGUUCUUCUGGUGCCCACCAGACCACUGGCAACCACCACCAGACAAGUGCCUCCUGCUCUUUCAGUGCCCAGGGAGAGGCCAGCCACCAUCCCACAGGGAACACCCAAAACCUCCCUUGUCUCAGCCCCCUCCAUGGCACUCUGGCCAUCCCCCACGACUGCUGCACUGGGCAUGGUCCCACUGGCCUCACACUCCCCAUCCUACCAUGCUCCUGCACCAGGCAGGGAGCAGGACCAUGCCACCACAUGGGACUUGUCCCCAGCUGGCACCCAGCCCACCCCCAGUGCUCCCCAACAUGCUCCUGCCCCGGCAGGCACCGUCCUACUCCCAAUGCCUCCCACCCCUUUGCCGCCAGACCACACGAGCCCCUGCCCGGCCUCCCCGCCCCUGGCCCCCAGCGGUCAUCGUGCCUGGGGCUGGUCCCUGCGGGCCAGUCCACGGCAGUGCCGGCUGUCCCUGGCGCUGGGGCUGGCCGCGCUGGCGCUGCAGGCAGCCUGCACGCUGCUGUGGGGGAUGCUCGCCCUUCUCCUUCACCAGGACACACGACACCGCCCCGGGCCGCCUGUGAGGCUGCUGAGCCUUCAGGCUCUGGCUGAUCCGGGGACCCCCGAGCCAGCUCAGGCACCACUUUAA